UGAGAUGUCUGUCAGUUGCGGGUGUUGCUUCUCCUUUUUCUUGAAAAUACCCUGAAUUCUAAUUUUUUUGUGAAAGGACAAUAUUGACACCAAUAGUUUCUAUACAAGUUAUACAAGUAUUGCUCAUCUCUACUAUUUUGUCAUCGGGUUAUUUUGUUAUCUGGUUAGUGAUAAACAAUAACAGCGGAUAAAACAUAGAAAUAUAGUCAUUUACGUUGUUUCGCGAUAAUGGGCAAGAAAAAAGAUAGCUACAAUGAACGAGAAGGGGCUAAUUCCCAGAGUUUCUUUCAUAAAAAACACAAAAAACAUAAGAAACACAAAAAGAGCAAAACACAAUCACAGGCCUACGACUACGAUUUUGUCCCAGAAGAAAUUGAACAAACUGUAGAAGUUAUGGAGGAAGUAGAAUAUAUGGAAGCAGAUAUAGAACCAGAAAUAUUGACGGAGAUCGAAACAGAAACUGCAGUUUCUCCCAAUGUCUCAGUUGCAUCUUCUUCGAUAGUUCCAUUAACGCCUUCUUCAGGAAAUUCAGCGACAAAGGGAUCGCUUCCUGGAAAGAACACAUCAAUACCAAAAUCUGUUAAGAAAAAGAAAGGCAAGGGAAAAGAUAGUGGAACAUCUAGCGAAGAGGAACGCUGGUUGGACGCCAUCGAGUCAGGCAAAUUAGAAGAAGUGGAUGAUGAACUAAAGAAGAUUAAGCCAAAAGAUCCUAAACUAAUGACAGCGCGUCAAAGAGCUAUGUAUGAACGAAAUUCGGAUAAGGAUACUAUACCUCCAGGUGGAGAAAUCCUAAUGGCUUUGCCCACAGGAUAUAAAGAAAAAGUUUUGACAGCAGAAGCCAUACAGAAAGCACAACUAAAAUCUCAAAAACGUAAACAGAUGGCUGAUGAGAAGCGAGAAAAAGACAAAAAGAAGACUAUGGAACGCUUACUCAAGAAACAAGAUUCGAAAUCUGUGAAAGCUAUAAAGAACAGACCGGUGAAAGCUCAACAUCCAAUGAUCACCUAUAUCAACACCGUUGAAGGUAGCACCAUUUCGCUCCCUCCAAACGUAAGUUUUCCGCUGGAAGCGCAGUUCGAAAGAAAACCACCCAAACCCAUUUUAUGUGGUAUUCCGAACUGUAAUAACAUAAAACGCUACAACUGCUCGAAAACUAAUAUUCCACUGUGCAGUUACCGAUGUUAUAAAAUGAAUGUGGACUCAAUAAAAAAUAUAAUUUGUUAAGCAGGGUUUACGAUACAUUUAAUUGAAAGUCAUCUUGGAAUCAGAGGCAGAGAAA